UACAUUAACUAACAGGUUAGUCUCAGAAAGGACUGGACUGCACACCUCUCACGCUGCUUUACUGAACGCACACCUAGACUGGAAUAUGUGCUUCUUGAGCCAGGCGAACUUCAGAGGCCCAUGAACAUCGAGGUUCAACUGCUCUUCAGCUCAUAGGCUUCUCUGCUCAUCUUUUUCUCUUUAUCUGCUCCUGUGGAUCUAAGGCUCUACAUGAUGAGCGACGGCAAACAGAAACCACAGGGCAGCAAAAAAGGGCCCAAUGUCAAGCCGAAGUUUGACAGCAAGGGCAGCUUCAACCUGGGAACUUCAGAGCAACGACAGAGACAGAAGCCUGUUAGGAGAAGCCGCAGCAAUGAUGUGGAAAACCGGCGUCGAGAAAGUAGCCGAGGUAGAGAACGGGACCGGAAAGAGGGAGGAAGGCAUCAGCGGGGUCGCAGCGAGGAAGGAAGGAGGAGAGACCGAGACCCUGAGCCUGGACACCACAAGACCGAGCAACCCAGAGACGACCUUCAGGACACAGAGUGCAUUGUGUGCUUCUGCAGCUUCGACAACGUCUUCAAAGCUCCAAAGUUACUCUCCUGUGGACACACAUUCUGCUUGGAAUGCCUGGCGCGCAUCAACGUGAAUUCUCCAGAGAUCAAGACGUUGACUUGUCCGAUCUGUCGGGAGCUGACGGAAAUCCGACAUGGCCGAGAUCUACCACAGUUGGGAAAUAACGAAGACAUCUUCCGCAGACUACCAGCUGAGAUGCAACGGGCGCUUUCUGUGCGAUUUAAACGGAGCAAGGGCAAACUCAUUCUCAAGAAUCCUCCACCAAACAGCUCCAUUAAGACUUCCUUAAAUUUGCCGGUGUUGAAGAAGAAAGAUGAGCAGGCUGGCGGUAACCCGCUUGGAGUCAUGGAGCAAGGUCUUGGCCAGGCGACUAUGAUCGAUGUGGGAAGGCCGCCAAGCAGGAUGAGGGGUCGCAUGAGAAGGAUAAUUUAUUCCAAUCAGUGCUAUUAUGCCAUUGUUGCAGCCAUCAUCACAAUCACUGUGGCUUUAAUGCUGGUGGGCAUCUUCACCUUUGUGGUGAUGCCCUUUAUGCAUAAACCAAUGAGACCACUCCAGAACCAAACUUCUCCAGAUACAAUGCCUUGAGAGAUGUGGAAACUGACAGCGCUCAGGAAGGAUGACGGGCAAAGCAAAACAAGCAAUUCUUGGUGGAGCCUGUUGCAUUGAACACAACGCAGCAUUUUUUGCUUUUGUGCAAGAUGCUUCAGACAGGCUCGAUAGGAAUGAACUGGAAAAACUUGAACAUAUGAUGCACUGAAGUCUAUUGAGCCCAGACAUAUUUUACACAAGCUGAGACAUUGUUUUGCAAAAGUCUUUAAGAACAAGAGUCAGCAAUGACAUCUAUUCUGACCAGUGAUGAACUGUGUUUUCCAAAGUAUAAAUUAAUGGAAAUUUAAAAAAUAAAAGUAUAUUUAAUUUUUUUUAAAAGGGCUGGAUAAUAUUAAAUAAUAAUAUUAUCAUACAAUAUUACUAUGCCAUUUGAUUUCAUGAAGAAUUAUGUAUUUUCAUGUAUUUCUUGUCUGUAUGGUUUGUGGUAUUGAUGCUAAAGGACAAAAAUGUGCCAAUGCAAAUCACCUCAGUCUAAAAAUGUGCAUUGCAACACUAAUGUACGCUCAUAAAUGUUCUUUCUUAUGUUAGAAAUACAUUUGUUAGAAAUAGAUACUUCUUUGACAUAUGCUGCACAUAAUGUAAAUAAUAUAAUCUGAUAUAUAUAAUUAUAGUUUGUUCUUUCUUUUUUUUUUAUUCUUUUGCACAAAUGGGAAGAGGCAAAAAGUGGAAAAUAAUAAAUGGUUGA